CGUUCGGAACAGAAAUCAAGUUUAUCGAAGGUUCGGUCCUUAUUGUUGGCAAAGUUCAAUACAAGUUCAAGGCCCAAAAUGGCUGCUGGUAUUCUUCAAAAUUGCAGUUUGUAAUGUUAGUGUGUCUACACAAGUAAUUCGGUUUUGUAUUGUUGAACUACGUAUCGCGAAAGUUCGAAAUUUUUAAAACUUUAUUAGUGAAAAGUUUAGUGUUCGAGAUGUAGUAGUGAUCGUCGAUGCGAGCAAUCGUUAUUCCUUGUUCGAGCAGUUUUGUAUUCGUGUUAAUGAGUUUUUUUCGCGUACGAUUCCGUAUGAUACGUCGGUUAAAAGUCGAUGUAUUUUGCGAAAAGUUGUGAGAAGUGUUAGUUUUUAAUUACAGUCGGAUCAGUGAUGACCGAUAAUAUCGCUGCGAAUAAGGGUACAAAUUCGGUUUAUGAAUAUUCGAAUUCGUUUGAUACGUCGUCUUCGUCGUCCUCCGCGAACGUAAAUAUAGAUAAUAAUGUUUUGCAAUUUAGUAAACUUAACGGUGAUAGUGGUCAAGAGUCGGGUACAAAUAGCGGUACUAAUGAUAAAAAAUCCUUUCACAUUACGAGUGUGACUGUGCAGCAUAAUUCUACUGACGGUAAUGCUGAUGAAUCUGCGGAUGAAUCUCGUACUGAAGAACUUUCCGAUAACGUUGAUAGUAUGUCAGCAGUUGAUCAUGUACAGACUGAUGUGGCCGCCGAUUUAAUUGAUAUUGCGAGUAGAAAAGACGAUGUUUUGUACAAAGUCACAUCCGUUGGAAGUGCUCCUAUAAUUCCUACCAGUGCUCAGUACGGUAUCGCAGUCGUAUCGGGUGUUAAUAACGGCGAAUUAUCCGACGUGAAUAAAUUCUUGCCGAGUGACUGUAAAUUUAGCGACACCGUGAAAAGGACGGAAUUUAUUGCGAACGGCUUGGAAAAUAAUUGCGCUAACGUCGUCGCCAAAGAAUUGAAUACUCAGAUUAAAAAUGAGCGUUUUAAAGUGGUGAAAAUCGAGUCGAAUGAGCCGUUCAAACGGGGACGUUGGGUUUGUAUGGAUUUCUCAGAUCAGUCGAUGGAUCAGGUAAAAAAAUCCGCUAUUCAUAUUACUAGCGAUAACGAUAAAUGCGCGAAAAAAGAAACACCCGAUAAAGAAAUAUCUCCUAGCGAGAUUUUAGUUAAUGGAACGCUGAUGGAGAAUAUUUCUAAUGAUAACGAGUCGAAGCCGGCUCAAAAUGCUCAACUGGCCGAUUCGACCUAUCAUAAUGGCGAUAUGUCCGGUAUGAAUUCGGUAUCGCCGAAUCAAACGUAUAACGCGCCGUUUAUGCCGCCAUCGAGCGUAAAUCAACCCCAAGCACAAAGUUUAACGCAUAUUAUUAUUCCUCAGAGUACGCCGUCGCAAGUUGCGUCCGGCUCGUACGGUCAUUCGCAAAGUUUACCUCAUGCCGAAUUACAGCACGUACAUCAGGCUGCGGCGGCGGUCGCAGCUGCCGCCGCGCAGCAACAGCAACAGCCCAUUCACGUCGUAUCUUCGUUGCAACAAUCCUUUCACGCUGCUGCGCCGCCGCAACAACAACAGCAACAGCAGCCGCCGCCGCAACAACAACAGCACUCGUCAAUACAGCAUCCGCAAAAUGUUAUGCAGCAUAUGGGGGCGGUGCAGCAACAACAACAACAACAACAACAGCAACCACCGCCUUCGCAGCAGCCACAACAGUCUGAUAACGUUUACAACCAGCAACAGCAGCAACCGACUCAGUCAGCUUCGAUGUCAGUUCAGCAACAACAGCAACCUUUAUUACAACAGCAAUACCAAACGAUGCAGCAGAACACAGCGUUGAAUCAGACACCAAAUUCGGCGCAGUGUAACCAAAGAGGAGCAGCCGGUUCGCAGCCGCAGCAGCAAUUAAAUAUGACUCAAAUGCCAUCGCAACAGACGAGCCAACAAAACGGCACCGAGACGCUGAUGGGUGUGAACCAGACGCUACCUCAGCAGCAGCAGCAACAACAACAGUCGCAACAAUUCCAACAACCUCAAAAUCAGGGUCAACAGGGGCAAGCUGCUGGUAUGCAGCAAACGUUGCAGCAGCAACAACAACAACAUACCAUGCAACAAGUACCUAUGCAACAACAGAGCUUUCAGCACGCCAUACCGCCGCAACAAUCCUCGCAACAGCAGCAGCAACAACAACAGCAGCAGCCAAUUAUACACCAACAGCAACCGGUACAGGCGAUGCCACCUACUCAACACCACUCGCCUCAGCAGGCGAACCAGCCCAGCGUACAGUCGAUGCCGACGCAGCAACAAAUACCUCAACAGACGUCCGGCGCGCAGGCUAGUUCGCAACCUUCGUUGCCGCCAACCAACCUACAACAACCGGUUAUGCAACAGGGUGUCGUACAGCAACAAAAAGUGCCGCCGCCUUCGGCCUCUGUGCAAUAUUUACCUCAACAAGCUGCCAUUCAACAACCUAACCAACAAUCGGGUGCUCCUCAACCGGUUUUAAAUGCGCCUCAGCAGCAGCAGCAACAACAACAGCAGCCGCCUCCUCAAAUGAUGCAGCAACAAAUGCCAACCGGUACCGAUCCGACGCAACAGUUGCAUAUGCAGCAAAUGCAGCAACAGCAACAACCUCAGCAGCAAAUUCUCUCUCAGCCGAUACCGCAGCAGCAGCAACCGCCCCAACAAAUUCCUCACAUUCCGCAACCGACUCCCCAAAUACCGCAACAAACGCAACCUCAGCAAGUACCAAUGCAACAGCCUCAAAUCGCUCAGCAGAUACCCGCCCACCAUCAACCGAUCAUUCAAUCGAUACCGCCCCAACAAGCGCCUCAACAACCUCAGCAAAUGAUGCAAACGCAAAACAUGCCGCAGACGGGCGCUCCUCCGCAAACGAGCUCAUUUCAAAACGUGCCUCAGCAGCAGCCUCAACAGCCGCAGCAAACGCAACCUAGUCAACAAGCCGCUCAGGUGAUGCAGCAAAUGCCGCAAACGAUGCAGCAGAUGCCGCCGCAACCUCAGCAGCAACCUAUCCAAUCUACGCAGUCAAUUCAACAUUCAUUCCCCCAGCAGCAGCAGCAACCGCCGCCGGCUGUUCAACAAAUGACGCCUCUGAACGGCGGCCAGCAAACGAUGCAGCCCGCUUAUCAGACGUCGGUACCGCAUCAAAACGUUUCUAAUCAAAUGAGCGAUCAAAACAUUCCAGUUUCCGGUUCGCAGGCGGCGACGUACCAACAGCAGCAACACGACGUCGUCAUGUCGAACGUAAAUCAGCAACAAACCAACGACGUGCUCUUGUCCAACGUUCAAAGUCAAUACUCGAUUAAUCAGCCGCAAAACAUCUCCGUUCAAACGCAACUCCCUUUGCACGUAUCGCUCCAUCAGUCUUAUCAAAAUACACCUUCUUCCAAUUACGUUAACUCGUCCAAUAUGAAUAUGAUGUGUAAUACGUCGAUGAGUCAGCAAACGCCGCCCAUCUCGCAACCGCAAUUUUACACUCAUUCCGGUACCAGCGGAUCGAUAACGUCGCAAGAUCUGCAACAACUAUGCGGUCACCAGCACCAUCAGCCGGCUAUGCCCCAAACCAGCGUCGCCGUCAAUCCAAACGUGUCAUCGUUGGUGACGCAGACGCCGCUAAUUAGCACCGUGCCGUCGCAAUCGCUGCCUCCGACUAUGGAAUACAUGAUGAACACGGCGCCCAUUCCGGCUCACCAAAAUGGCUCCGCUGCAGCUACCGGCCAAAUUCCGUACUCCGUGCAUUACCAAAACGGUAGUUCGGUAGGGUCGGCGAGUAGCGUGCAAACGCAAACUACGCCAAUUUCGCAGCCUUGCUCGAGCAGUAGCGUCGGCGCCGGCGUACCGCUGCAGCAAUACAUUCAGCAAACCGUGCCGGCGGUUUUGUCUUCAGGGGCCGCUCAAGUACCCGUCUCGUCGUCGUAUUCGCCUAAUAUUUCGGUCGUUCAUCCGAUCCAGAUUCAGCAAAGGUAUGUUCAAAAUAAUCCACCCGCUGCCACCGCCACCAACCAAAUGUAUCCGACCGGACAUCCGGUACCAUUUACGGAAACUUCGAUUAGCACCGAACACUACCAACCCAACGUGUAUCUACCGGAACAAGUUGUCGUCGAGAUUAAACAACAAGACGAAGGACUCAGACAAGAUGAUUCUGAUAACACUGCUGGCAGUAGUAACGCGGUGGCUAUCGAUAAUAAAAUAGAACAAGCUAUGGAUCUAGUGAAAAGCCACUUGAUGUUCGCGGUUCGUGAAGAAGUGGAAGUGUUGAAAGAAAAGAUCUCCGAGCUGAUGGAUAAAAUAAACCAAUUAGAAAUCGAGAAUUCCAUACUGAAAGCGAACGCGUCUCAAGAAACGUUGGCACAGUUACCGACGACGCAUACGUCGACACCAUCGACAGCUGUUUCAAAUACCACCAAUAACACGCAAGCUUCGAUAGGACCCACCAACGGUCAACCCCCUUAAUGAAUCGGCAAAAUGAUGGUAUAUUCUGUUUUGUUUUGUUUUUCAAUUUUCUUUCUUCUUUUCCUUGUUUCAUUUGUAUAGGUUUUGUAAAUCUCGCUACGUUACAUCUGGCGAUCUUAAACGUGGGGUGGGAAAGUUCGCUGGGGAUUUGCUAAACUGAAAAAAUAUUAUGUAAAAUCAUGUGUGGUAGCGACAAUGAAUGAGAAAAUUUCGGUUUUUAUUGCGCUUCUUAUCUAAGACUGACAAAUUAUUGUACCAUAAGUACCAAUAUUAAUUUAUAUUUUCAUUUACAUUAUUAUGAAUAUGUUUACUUUCUUUUUUUAAAUUUAUUAUUUUAAUAGGAAAUGAAAACUUUUGUAUAUAAUCAUUUAAAAUAGGCGUCGCUUGAAUAUUUUCGUGUGUUUGUUUUGUUUUUGUGUUUUUUUUCCGCCAUAUAUUCUCUAUAAUAUUAUAAUAAUAACAUAAUAAGCAAAUUUUUAAUCGCCGUUAUAUCUUUAUAAUGUCAUGUGUGUGUGUGUGUGUGUCUAUCUACGUAAUCAGCGCGAAACGAUAAUAUGUGAAAUUUAAAACGUGUAUGUAAUAUUCGGUCGGCUUUUAUAAUUUUCUUUUCUUUAUAUUCAUACCUACGGAUAGUAUUUCAUAUUAUGCACUAUGCUUGUAAUUUUUUUUUUGAGUUUUCCUCUAUUUUUUCUCUCGAUUAUUAUGGUACUAAAUUGUUACAUAAUUCAAUGUAUAUGUAUACACAGUCUUAUGUAUAGAGGCGUUUAAUAAUGUUGCGCUACGAAAGCUCGUCGUCGUUGCCUACUAUGACUAGGAGUAAGAAGAGAGAUUUCGUAGACAUGGGUUUGAUUUUAAAAAAUACGUACAUAUGUACUGUGUAUAGACGAUACGUAUAUUAGGAUAAAUUUGUAAUGUAAACCCGGCGAUUGGCGAAUGCCGGAUGAUGGAAUUAUGUGAUGAUUUAGUUUAUAAUAUUUUACGUUUACCUAAUACCUACGCGCUUAUGUAUUUUAUACCAUCAUUAGCUACUUUUUUCUUAUCUCCUUUUUUCGAAUUCCUAAUUCCUAUACAUUUCAUUUCAAGGUAUAUCGGGCGAAGUCCAUAAUAAUUUGUCAAUUUCACGCGACUGUGUUGUAGAAUUCUCGGUUCGACUGCAACGCUAUUUAACCGUGCAUUGUAUUGUAUUUUUCGUAAUCAUUCGUUAUUAUUUAUUUUCCUAUUUCGUUCUCUCUCUCUCUCUCUCUUUCUCUGUCUGUCUGUCCUCUGUCUGUCUCAUCAUAUCACGAAAAUAUGUAAAACUAGACAUGUGCGCCGCCGAUUAUCGGCGUGGAAAAUUUAAAUUGCCCUUAAAAAUGAAUUCUGCGCGAUUGAAACCCCAAAUUUUGAUACCCAUGUCGAUUUUUUUGAAAAUUUUCAAUUUCCCACAUUUGAGAUCCCUUUCAUGGACUCAUGGUUUUAGAUUUUGGGACAAAUAAUCAGCAAAAAUGAAAUUGGCGCCCUCUGAAAAACCCUUGUAUCCAAAUUUUCUCUUUUUUACGUGCAAAACUGGGCGAUUGAUUCGCUAUCGACUUCGGCGCACAUGUCUAGUAAUAAAACGAACUCGCAAUUUGUCUAUUUAUAGCUCGUAUUAACUAUUUAGUCAUCGUAAUUCGUGUAAUUAAUCAGGGUUGCCAAACGUUCGGUAUUUUACCGAACAGUUCGGUAUUUCCCUGAUUUGUUCAGUAAGAUUAAUCAACCCUUACCGAACAAUAAAAAAGUUCGGUAUUUUCAAAAAAAUCGAGAAAACCCUUCAAAAAAAGGAAAUUUGAGAAAUAUAUUCGGCAUUCUCAACAAAAAAAACUAAAAAAAGCACCCAAAAAGCACUUUUUGUGGCGUUCUUUCAUUAGUCAGCACUUUAUUUUUCAUACUUUUUACUUUUUUAUGGGUUUUUCAAGCAACAAAUUUCGUAGACUUUCUUUUUUUUUUUUUUUUUUUGCUUUUCAAUUUGGUGUUCGGUAAUUCCAAAAUUUGGAUUUGGCAACCCUGUGUAAUUUUAUCUUUAAUAUUCGUUUAAGUACUGCAAUCGGUAAGAAAAAAACGCGAAAAAUGAUAAUUUUUGAAAAAAACUAAACAAAACGAACGCUAACCUAGCGGAUUUUUCCGGUACUACGGUUUUUUUAAAAUUUUGAUAGAAUUGGCAACGCUGUUAUCAAAGUUUGCGCUUUUUUUCGAAUGUUUGCGUCCCUCCUCGGUGACCCUGGGCUUUUUUUUUCAAAGAAUGAUGCCGAUAAAAUCAAAAUGGAGUCGAAAGUUCAUUGCAUCAAAUCAUCAAUGCAUUGCGAAAGGUUUGCGUUACCAAUUUUAUCAAAUUGUUUCAAAAUUUCGAGUAAUUAUCGACUAAAUUUAUGUCAGAAAAUUUUUCUAAUCGAUUUGAGAUUUGUUCGCUUUCGCGAUGGAUUCGUUCGGUGUACAGAAUGUGUUCGUUUUGUGGAGUAAGUACUGAAAUGAAAUAAAAAUUGAUCAUUGUUCGAAUAUAUAGGCAUUGAAACGAACACAGAUGAAAGAUUGCGCGUGCAUUCUCAAUGGUAAUGGUACUGCCGAUGCUUGCUGGGUAAUUAACGAUAGCCGAUUGAAUCGAUCGUUAAAUUCGCGUUUAUAUAACCUAGAUUGAUAUAUUAUUGAAAGUUAAUUUCCGUACAAUAAGCUCGUUUGUGAUUACAGCCGAUAGUAUUUAGAAUGACGAGUUGGUUUAAGUAAUAGCUACGUAGGUUGUUUCAGAACGGAAUUCUGUGCAACAGGUGAACAAGUGGUUGAAAUUCGAAUCCGGUAGCGGUGAAGAUCGAUUGAAAAGUGAAAAGCGAAGGAGUUGAGAAAACGUACGAAGAAGCUUCGGUGCCGGAUUUUUCGAUACGAAUUGAGCGACGAUUUCGAUGCGAGAUAUUCGGUAAUCAGCUGUCGAAUCGAUGCUACGGAAUUCGAUGGAAUUUGUGAUAAUUAUUAACGUACUAGUCAUUUUAAACGUAGAGAAUAUUGCCGAAAGAUGUUGUGAUCUGCGUUACCGUGUUUUUUGAUUUGUGAUUAGGUGAGAACGAGGAGUUGAGUCUUGAUCGGUGUGUUUCGAGGAUGGAUUUAGAGCGAAGAUUUCGAACGUCAGCGUGACCGGUGACCGAUGGCGAUCUAGUUUGUUGUUCAUCGUAACAACGAUUCGAUUGUUUUAUGCAAAAUAAACAAUUCUACGGUUUGCGUGUUUGUGUCUGAGGCACAAUGGAAAUACCACAGCAGUUUGGAACGUUGACAAUGAGUUUUUUUUUUUUUUUUUUCAUUAUUCGAUUUGUGAUAAUUGUGAAAUCGAACGUAUCACGGGAUCGGUAUAGCUCGAGUGUUUGUUUGUAUAGGUAUUUUACUCGUUCAUCGUGCUAAUGGUGCAGUAUGCAAUAUGAAUGUCACUUUACGUAUAGGUACUUCGAUGUCGGCGGUUUUAUUUUUGUACCUUUUUUCCCCACUACACUUCGGUUUACUCUUCGUCGUUUGGUUAGAUGCUCGUGUCACGCAGAAGGUAUUGCAAGAAUGCAACCGUACCGUACUUAUUAAUUAUUAUUAGUGGAAAAUUAUCGGCAGUACCGACGAGAAUGCUUCCAUUCAAGGUGUUGGCGAUACUAAUUAGAUAUAAUGUUCUAUAAUUUACCGAACGCGUUUCGUUAAAAAGCUAAAUUCGUAUUCGUUAAUUGGAACGAAGUCUUCGUUCGCUCAAGUCAGUUGCGACAAUACACGAUUGAAGUACUUGGGAAUACCUAGAGAUAUAUUCGAUAUAAUAAUAAUAGAUUAAUAGGUAUUACUUCUCACUUGGUUCGAGCCCCUGGUUACCAUUUUAAUAGUGUUCGAUUAUUUAUUUAUUGCGGCGAGUACCGAGUGAGCUAUGGGAGGAAAAUAUUGCUGCGGCGGUAUAGUUACCAUCGUGAUGUUGGCUUUGAAAAAGAGGCUGGGGUUUGUGAGCGAUGAAAUUGCAAAAGAAUACAUUUCGAUAGCAUUUUGACUCUGUAUUUAGUGCCAUAUUUUGUGACAUAUUACCAAGUCUAGGGUGUCACGAUGAGAAAUAAGACAACGUCUUCGUAGUUGUCGGGUGCAGUAUUUUUUAGAAGGUGAUUUUAUUAAUUCGAUUGCGAAACGCGGAUUCCUAUUUUGUUCUUUUUUUUGUUCGUCGUAUAUUUUUUUAUAAUUCUUUUUUCUCGUUUUCAACGCUUAGUGUAUUUAUUUAUUUUUUUUAUAUAUCUAUUUUAUCACCUUAGUUAGUCCGUGCACUUGUUCAGCGUGAUAUUUUAUCGGUAAGGGAAAGAGGUCGAGUUAAAACAUUGAAAGCGAAAAGCGAGCCAUCGCACAAGUGAAAUUGAAUCAAAACCAAAAAAACAAAAAAAGAAAAGGAAACCUAAAACAGAGAGCAAAGAGCUAAAGAAAAUUUUUAAGGAGACGUUCACGUGUGUAAAAAAAAAUUUUGUUGAAAAACUUGUUGGCUGUGCUUUAAUCAUAAUUGGACGUGUAUAUAAAAAGGUGUGUUUGUAUGUAAAAGACGUUUUAUUUAAUUAUGUUUUUAUUAUCGUAUUGUUUAUUGUGAAAAAAAAAGGUCGGAGAAGAAUAUUAAGCGAUGAUUUUCAAAGCAUUUUGUACUUGUACUACUAUAUUACUACUAUACUACUAUGAUACUACUACUUCUUCAACUAUCUACGCGAGUAAUAUAGGAAAAAAAACUAUGAUGUAUUUUAUUGAUUGUGAUAAUUAUGAAUUUUAAGCGUAUAUUUGAUGUAUUUUUUAAGCAUGUUAUUGUACAGUUUGUAUAGAAAGCAGAAAAACCUUCGUACGAUUUAUUAAAUUUUAAAAGCUGUUAUUUUUUUUCGAUUACGCGCGCUUUUGGUCUUUUUAAUUUUUAAACGCAUGGAAUCGAUUAUAGUAACGUGUACUACUUUUGAUUCCGAAAUACCAUUUUUAAUUUUUAUUCUUUACUAUUUUUAAAGAAGAAAACGUUUUAUUUAAUCGAAUCUUACUACGCGAAACGUAUUUUGUAUGAAGUUUUCAAUAUUAAACUGUAUUCCGAAUGUUG